AUGUCCGGGGCAGAGGCGCUGGGCCCCCUGGGCCUCGAGCCAUGCACAGGAGACGUCCCCUCCCUCAAAGAACUGGAGCAGCUCCUCAAUACCGGGCAGCGCUCCUGUAACCACGUCGAUGAAGUAUGGCCUAAUCUCUUCUUGGGAGACCUAGUAACAGCUCACAACAGAUUUAUUCUGUGGAAGAUGGGUGUUACCCAUGUUUUAAACGCUGCCCACAGCACAGUGUACAGCCAGGGAGACCAGGACUAUUACGGAGCUACCAUUGAUUACUAUGGUGUACCAGCCCACGACCUCCCCAGCUUUGAUAUAAACCAGUUCUUUUACUCUGCGGCAGAAUUUAUCCACAAAGCCUUGAAUACGCCGGGAGCUAAAAUUUUGGUACAUUGUGCAGUUGGAGUAAGCAGGUCAGCUUCCCUUGUCCUAGCAUAUCUCAUGAUAAAUCACCACCUCCCAUUGAUUGAAGCCAUCAAAACAGUGAAGGAACAUCGAUGGAUUUCACCCAACCGUGGCUUUCUGAAACACCUGCGAAAUUUGGAUGUUCAGCUACGGCAAAAGAAGGACUUCUGA